AUGGCCUGUCCACAUUGUGGUGGAAACAGUAUCGAGUACGAUGCUGGCCAGGGAAAUGCCACCUGUACCCAAUGCGGAACAGUCCUGGAAGAAAACACUAUCAUUGCAGAGAUCUCAUUCUCGGAGGGCAGCGGCGGAGCAGCGUCUGUUGUAGGAACAUUUGUCGGAGAGGGCAAAGCUGGAGCAAGAUCAAGUGGACCAGGACGGAGACAGACGAGUCAGGAAUCAAGAGAAAAGACGCUGGAUGCGGCAAGGAGACGUAUCACUGCCAUGGCUGUCGCGCUCAAACUGAAUGAGCAUCACGCCGAGGUCGCCCAACGCUAUUUCAACCUCGCCAUCACCAACAACUUUAUUCAAGGACGUCGAAGUGAACAUGUCGUCGCCUGUUGUCUCUACAUUGUCUGCAGAAACGAAAGGACGACGCACAUGUUGAUCGAUUUCUCGGAAUUGCUCCAGCUCAAUGUGUUCAAGUUGGGCGUGACAUUUCUCCACCUUACAAAACAGCUGAAUCUGGUACUGCCACUCGUCGACCCUUCACUCUACAUUUCUCGAUUCGCCACAAUGCUGGACUUUGGUGAGGACACUCAACGCGUGGCGAACGAUGCCCUCCGCUUGGUGUCACGCAUGGACCGAGACUGGAUCAGGACCGGCCGCAGGCCAGCCGGUAUCUGUGGCGCCUGUCUUUUGAUCGCAGCUAGAAUGCAUCACUACCGACGCUCGCCAAAAGAGAUCAUUCAAGUUGUUAAAAUCGGAGAAGCAACAUUGAGGAAACGACUGGAAGAAUUCGCAGCAACACCUUCUGGUCAGUUAACGGUAGCCGAUUUCCGGGAAUUAUGGCUAGAGGAUGCGGCAGACCCGCCUUCGUUUGAAAAAUCCAGGAAGAGGAGUCACUGGGAACUGGAAGAAGACGAAGAGAAACAAGAUGAGGUUAACCAGGAGAUCAUUCGACGUGGAGGGAGGGUACAUAAAGUCGAUCUGCAGCAGGUCAAGGAGGGCGCGGAGGUGUUGGAGCCCGGCCAUAUUGAAUCCCAGACCACAGCCGGAACGCGCACAGCAGACUUGGAGCAUAUGGCCCCUAUUCCUAAUGGCCCUAGUAGCCAGGAGCGGAAAGGAGGAGGGGAGGAAGAAAAGGAAGGCGAUACGGAAGAGGAAGAAGAGCAGCUGGAUGACGUGGACGAUGAAGAGAUUGAAAAUAUCAUUCUUAACGAAGAAGAGGUCAAGAUCAAGACCCAGGUCUGGAUGGAAUUUAAUAAGGAGUAUCUCCAGGAACAAGAGGCCAAGCGUGCGCGUAUUGAGAUGGAGAAGAAGAUGGGUAUCUACCACAACAAGAAGGGCCGCAAGAAAGUCAAGCGCAAUACUACGGCAGGACCACACACUUCGGCAGCGGAGGCUGGCAAGAAUAUCCUUCAACCAAAGUUACCUCGACUGAAAUCAAAAAAGAUCAACUACUCUGCUUUGGAGACCAUGGACGAACUGUUUGAC